UUUUGCACCAUCGACGUCCAUCAGAAAUGUCUUCCUUAUACUGGCCACUGUUGUUCCUCGGAAUUGUGGUUCUCACUAGUCCAGCUUUUGCUGAAUUCCGCAAGCCACUAGCUCCUCUUUACAAGCCACCUACACCUGUUCACACGCCUCCUAAAGUAGAGAAGCCAAAACCACCAAUUCUACCUCCUAGAAUAGUGAGACCACCACCACCAAAGGUCAAGCCACUUCCUCCUAUAGUAGUGAGACCACCACCACUGCACAAGCCACCACCUCCAUAUGGACACUACCCAGGACACCCUCCAUUGGAAAAUGAGGAAAUCCCUUACAAGCCGCCCCAAAAAGUGACACCUCCUCCGAGUCCGAAACCAUAUAAGAAGCCACCUCCCCCACACUACAAGCCACCACACAAGCCCCCAUCACCGUUCUAAGUUAUUUUAUAUCAAAAGAGUUUAUGUAUUGUAUGAUAGAAAUAAGGGCAGUUUCCAGCUCAUGUUAUACAUCCAGAGCGAAUUAAUGGAGUACUACUUGUUCUAGCUAGUGAGAAAAGCCCAUGCCGUUUCUCGGACUUUGACACUAGUUUAUCCUUCUUAAUUCCUCUAAUGUAAUGCAGUACUGUUAAGUGUCA